AUGAAUAGCUUGCAAUUUGUUCGAUUCAGCUCCAAAACGGGAUUUGGACCUAAUAGGUUAUUCAGAAAAGGCACACAUUUUGUUGGAACCGAACCACCAGCAUUGAAAUAUCAUCUGGUAAGUUAAUUUUUCUAUUCAAAAAAGUAUUUGUAGUUCAUUUCAGCUGCAAGAUAAGAAACCGACUGAUUCUUAUGGAUUGCAAGGCGUGAAUCAUCAAUUGCCAGGAACAGGAAAAGUUCAUAGUAAACUUCCCACCAAAGUACAUAUGAAAAAAGAUAAAGUAUAUUCGUGGUGCAGUUGUGGUUAUAGUGGAAGCCAACCGCUUUGUGAUGGAUCUCAUAAUUCUAUUCGUAUCCCAGAUUUGAAAUUGAAACCAGUCAGAUUUAUUCCAGAAAAGGAUAUGACUGUUUGGUUAUGCAAUUGUAAACAAACCAAGAAUCGGUGAGUUUAAAACAUUUCAUGGAUAAAUUAAUUCUCAAAGUUAUUUUUUAGGCCAUUCUGUGACGGUUCACAUAAAUCAGUAACCGAUGAAGACAAAAAGGCGGGACUUUUCGAUUAA